AGACACAGAGAAGGCAGCCGGGUGUGCAAGGCUGGAGGCAGAAGAGCACCAGCACUGUGCAGACACAGGAGUAGGUGCGGUACGGGGUGGGCUGGAAAGGGUGGCUCCUGUCUGGAUCCCUGGGGGUAGGCCAAGGGCGCCAGCUAGCUUGUCAGCAGGCAGUCACAGGCCCAGAGCUGCCACGCCGCCGUAAGACAAUCAGUGGCCAAGGAACAGGAGGUGUGACAAAAAGCCUGGGGGAAGCCACCAGCCCCUGAAGCGGGGAGGGAGGCUCCGAGACUGGCUCCGUCGAACAGGACGAUCAACUCAUCCUCUUGAGGUGUCUCCUGCUGGUGUGUGGUAAAUGCAGCCCCCGGCCCCCUCGCCCCAAACCUCCUGGGAUCUCGAAGGUCACAGCAGAGUGAGCCACACCUUGGAGCGCCGCUCAGCCAGCCCCGCAGAGGGCGCUGUGGGGACGCCCUGGGGGCCGGGCAUGCGCGAGACGCCGCCAGGCCGGGGGCGGGGCCGCCCGAACGCGGAAGCUCGGGAGGCAUGGAGCCGGGCUUGUGGCUCUGCGGAGCGGCUCUGGGUAGUCUCGGAGCGGGCUUCCGGCUGGGGCAGCCGUCGCCUCCCCUGCUUCCCAGUGCCCGAGAGUGAGCCCCAGGGAGCGGGUAACCGCAGCGGGGCCAUGGGGUUGCUCCCGGCCGUCCGGGGCGCGACCCGGGGCUGCUCUGGUCGCCUCGUGACCCGCGCUGUCUCCCAGGAGGCGCGGCGUGGGGUGCGGCCGGGUGGGGAGGAGCUCGGCCGCCUGCGGCUGGAUGACCUGGCGCCGGCUCCGCGGCUAGAGCUGCUGUUUGGCCUGUCCCCGUGUCUCCUGGCCCUGCGGGCCGCCCGCCGCCGCGUGGCGCGGCUUCUGCUCCAGGCCGGGAGGGCGGGGCUGCAGGGGGAGCGCGCGGAGCUGCUCCGGGCAGCCGAGGCGCGGGGCAUCCCGGUUCUGCGGCCCAGACGGCAAAAGCUGGACGCCCUGUGCCGCCACCAGGUCCACCAGGGCGUCUGCAUGGAGGUGAGCCCUCUGCAGCCCCAGCCCUGGACUGAGACCAUGGGGGCGGGCCCAGGUGCCGACCCCCAGCAGCUGUGGCUCGUUCUCGACGGGCUCCAGGAUCCCCGGAAUCUUGGGGCUGUGCUGCGCUCCGCUCACUUCCUCGGAGUGGAUAAGGUCAUCACCAGCCGGAGAAGCAGCUGCCCGCUCACCCCGGUAGUCAGCAAGGCCAGCGCGGGGGCAAUGGAGGUGAUGGACGUGUUCUCUACGGAUGACCUGGCCGGUUUUCUACAGGCCAGAGCGCGGCAGGGCUGGCUCGUGGCCGGCGCCGUGGGCCCCCCAGGGCCUGAGACUGCCCAGUCGUCCGAGGUCCCCGUCACCAGUUGCCUGGACUUCCUGUGGGACCGGCCGACUCUGCUUGUGCUGGGGAACGAGGGCUCUGGUCUGUCCCAGGAGGUGCAGGCCUCCUGCCGCUGCCUCCUCACCAUCCUGCCCGGGCGCCAGCUGCCCCCCGGACUGGAGUCGCUGAAUGUCUCCGUGGCUGCAGGGAUUCUUCUCCACGCCAUCUGCAGCCAGAGGAAGGCUCUCCCCGCAGACGGGGACGGACGGCGGCUUCUCCAAGACCCCACAGGACCUCUCAGCCCCGGCCCCGGGGCGGCCCCCGGCUCAGGAAACCAAGAUGGCGGCUGACAUGGACGGUCCGAGACGGCACGUACACCCGCGGCCUCCGGGGGCCGGGUCUCGGCCUGUCCCACGCCUGGAUGUUGACCCAUCGUCUCCGGGGCAGGGCACCUCGAGAGGAAGUUCAGACUCCUGCUUCGCUGUUGGACUUGCAGUUGCGGGUGGCAUUUCGCUCAUUUCCAGCUCUGCCCAGGACGGGGUGGGGUGAGUGUCCUCCCUGCCUGGACGUCAGGGGAGCGGGCGGCCCAGUGCGGGGGUCGGAUUCCCUGCUAAGUGGCGAAUGCGUGGGCCUACCGGGGGGCCUUGGCUGCACCUACCUCACAGGGCUGUUGUGAGGAGCCAAUAAAAUAUGGCCUGGUAUCCA